AUGCUCAUCCUAACAAUCACAUCUUCUAAUACGACAAGUUCCAUCUUCGACGGCAUUAGCCCUCGAGGCUCGGCAUGUCUAAAUUCCAUUCAGGAGCUUCUGCCCAAGACUACUUCUGCACCGGUGGCCGGUGUCUUUUGCUCCCUUGGCUGCGCCUUGCGCAAGAGGAGGCACCGGACAAAAACAGACACUCAAUGCACACAUGACGAUCGCGAGACACGGACACAUCGACACUCGCCCUGGGAGGCACAGCAACCGAUAGGAGUCAUAGACACGGGCACCUGCACACGCCCAGGCAAUAGGGCAAACCUGUCCAGUUGCAGAGGCAAUAAAAUCCCCUGCGUGUAUGCACGGCGGAGAAGUGUAGGAAAUGAUUGCAGACAGAUGUGGAUGGCAGAAAUAGGAAAGGAUAAGAAGGGAAUAGCUGCAUUUCCCCUGGGGCUGGUCGACCAUACCAGCGUGUCCUGCCGCCGGCGAUAUCGAUUGCCAGGCGGUCGGGCAGGCGAUCGUGACUUACACAAGUGGCGGGCAGUUGGUCGGUUGGGACGUUUGGCUCGGUGCCUCGAUUGCUCCGGAAUUCGGCGCCGACUGAGUCGAGCUCAACUGGACGCGAAACGACUCGGUUUGGUUCGGCUCGGCUCUUCGUCCAGUCGAUCGAUGGCAGCUCCGUUUUCAUGUCUCACCGGAUUGGUCGAGCUAUCACUCUCGAGUCAAGUCGAGCUCGGUUCGACUCGGCCCAGCUUGGUU